UCCCCGCCCCCUGUAGCAAUACUAAAGUGAAAGAUUCCCUUUCAAUAACCGGUGCAGCAAUCGAUCCUGAGACACCCCUCCCCCUUCAAAUUAUGUGGAAAAGUUUCACCUAGUCUUUUUGUCCCAAGAUGUUGCCAUUGAGCCCGCCAAUUUCAGCGGCAGAUGAUGAGCGCAACUUUUCGCCUUCUCCGAUAGAGAUCUCAAAGUCAAUCACAGCAAAGUUGCACUGUGACUCUGGGACUGAUGGAGAGUCUGACGAUAGCUCGGUGACAGAGUCUUUGAAAUUUGUAAAGCGCCGUUUCGAAAGAAUUCGCACCAAUCUGCGUAAAAAAACCAUUUCUUUUAACGACCGCGAUCAAUUCCAUCAAUUUGUGCGGGACAACAAGGAUAUCUUGGACAAAACCGUUGAACAUGGUACUUUGCUUCACUAUUUAGUUGAAGAUGCCCAGGACAAGCGCUUCAGUCGAUAUGAACCGUUGGUUGAAUAUCUGGUGCGGCAAUAUCCGGUGCUCCUGAACAGAAAAGACGAUUGUGAACGAAUGGUUCUGCCUUGGGCUAUCCAAAAGAAGCGCCACAACCUUGUUCAUUGUAUAUGUGCCCAUCAUCCGCAUAUCGACAAAGUCAUCGCCUCCCAGGGGCUGAGAUCACAGAAUUGCCUGCACGUGGCCAUACACGCAGGGGUCAGGUCGACUCUAAUCCUUGAACUGGUGAAACUAGCCAGUCUGGAGACUUUUGUAGCUCUGGACAAUGAAGGUAACACGCCUCUUCAUCAGGCGGUUGCCUACGAGCGGUGCACGGAGGCUGGACUGCGUGUUGUGCAAGCGCUGAUCAAUCGAUGCGAUAAGGCAGUGGAUGCUCAGAGUAGCACCAUGAGGCGAUUAUCUCCUUACCUUUAUCAUCUUUUCACGCGCGCGGAAGCUGAAGCGAAGGAGUCUGGAAAACACACCAUCGAGCCGCGUUUGUCUCCGAGGAUCAAGAAUGUCGACAUGCUCUCUUCAAGUGCUUUACAAACAGCUCUGGCUCGACCAGGCAAAAAUAUGUCUCAGGAAAAUGAGUUGGGAAUGUCUCAACUGAAGGCGUUAAAUGAUAUUAAUCAUCCCCAAAAUGUUCACACAGUGCAUAAAGGAGACGCAAAUUUUGCAACGUCAUCGAUAGUCGACAACAAAGCCCUGGACCUGGACAAGUCGAUCAAAUCUCCAAUAGACACAGACAGAAGGCACAGCAAGAUAUUUAACGCGAGAGCAGAUGAGGAUGCUAUUGUUACCGAGCAAACAGCGGACGCAGUUCGGGAUUAUCUAAAACUCCAUUGUUUGAGGACCCGUGAUUAUGAUCAGGCAAUUGAGUUGCUGUACGAACAAGGCUCUCGUGAGUAUCCCGCAUUGUUUGCAGACUAUGCUAUUUUAGAAAUGUUCUUAAACAUGAUUCAGACAGGGAGCUAUACUUCGAUUUAUGUGGUUUAUCAUCACUGUACAUCGAUGAGGAAUGGAUUAGUCGCGGGUUAGAAUACCUAUGUUUUGAUGACACACUGCAGUAUGUCGCACUUCCUCAACUUGAGUUAAGGAAAAAGCAGCAGGCUAGCAAUUCAAGG